AUGUCGAGACGAUCCCUCGACUCUCAGCGCCCGAUCAUGGCUCCCUCGCUGGCCUCGCAGCGUAACUCCAAACGAUACUCUACCAUCAGCAAUCAGACUACCAGCAGCACGAUGACGGCUGACAGCCGCAUGGCCGAGAUUAAAGAGCUCAGCGCCGGCCUGGCUCGCCUGGAAAACAAGCGUCUUAGCCAACAACGUUUCGUCCCUACUCCUGAAAAGUCAGAGAGCCUGAGCAAGCUUGCGCUCAGUGCGAAGGUCGAGAGGGCCCUGGGCAGAAGGAUGUCGAGCCAGGACGCUAUCAUGCGCAAGCCAGUGGUCCUAGAGGAGAAGAGCAUGAUCAAGUCCGCGUCUUGA